CGAGCGAUGGAUGAGGACAACAUGACGAGGAGCGAGGAGCAGGAGCUGAGUCUGCAGAAGGCGCUGCAGCAGUGCGAGCUGGUCCAGAACAUGAUCGACAUCAGCAUCUCCAACCUGGAGGGGCUCCGCACCAAGUGCGCCGCCUCCAACGACCUCACGCAGAAGGAGAUCCGCACCCUGGAGAGCAAACUGGUGAAGUAUUUCAGCCGGCAGCUGUCCUGCAAGAGGAAGGUGGCCCUGCAGGAGCGCAAUGCCAAACUGGAGGGGUUCCCCCAGCUCCUGCACUGGUUCCGCAUCGUCGACAUCCGCAAGGAGGUGAUGGAGGAGAUCGCCCCGGGGCAGCUCAGCCUGGAGGAUCUGCUGGACAUGACCGAUGACCAGGUCUGUGCCACCGUGGAGAAGUUUGGGGCCAACAGCGAGGAGUGUGCCAGGCUGAACGCGUCCCUGUCCUGCCUGCGCAGCGUCCACAAGUCCGGCGGGAGCCUCUCCAAGCAGGACUGGACCAUCCAGUGGCCGAGCACGGAGCCGGGCAAGGAGAACAGCCCGGGCUGCCCCAGCGCGGAUCCAGGACCCUGGGGCAGGACGCACCCGAGCCCCAAGAUGCCCCCCAAGUGCGGGCAGCACCACUGCCACGCCGCCUCGUCCCACGGCCCCAUGUACACGCACGUGGACCGCCUGACCGUGGAGGGCCACCCGGGGCUGUGCCCGCCGCUCGAGUCCGGGCACCGCUCGCUGCCGCCGUCCCCACGGCAGCGCCACGCCGCGCACACGCCGCCGCGCACCCCCAACAUCGUCACCACCAUGACCCCGCCGGGGACGCCCCCCGUGCGCCACAGGAACAAACUGAAGCCCCCCGGCACGCCGCCGCCCUCGUCGCGCAAACUGAUCCACCUCAUCCCGGGCUUCACGGCGCUGCACCGCAGCAAAUCGCACGAGUUCCAGCUGGGGCACCGCGUGGAUGAGGCGCACACACCCAAAGUCAAGAAGAAGAACAAGCCCCUGAACCUCAAGAUCCACAACAGCGUGGGCAGCUGUGAGAACAUCCCGGCCCAGCGCUCCCCGCUGCUCUCCGAGCGCUCCCUGCGCUCCUUCUUCGUGGGCUACCCGCCCUUCCUGCCCUCCACGCCGCCCGUGCACACCGACGCCACCUUCUCUGCGAAUACGCUGUCAGUGCCUCGCUGGUCCCCGCAGAUCCCUCGGCGGGAUUUAGGAAACUCCAUAAAACACAGGUUUUCCACCAAGUACUGGAUGUCUCAGACCUGCACCGUCUGCGGGAAGGGAAUGUUGUUCGGCUUAAAAUGCAAAAACUGCAAGCUCAAGUGCCACAACAAAUGCACCAAAGAGGCGCCCCCGUGUCACCUGCUGAUCAUCCACCGCGGAGGGAGACGAGCCGGUCGGGGCGAGGCAGAUUUGCAUUGCAAACCACUUCCACCCACCCUCCCCCUGCCUCCUUUUCUUUUCAGAUUCCCCACCGCACGGGCGAGGUUAGUCCGGACAGAGUCGGUGCCCUGCGACAUCAACAACCCCCUGAGGAAGCCCCCGCGCUACUCGGACCUGCACGUCAGCCAAACGCUGCCCAAAACCAACAAGCUCAACAAGGACCACAUCCCAGUGCCCUACCAGCCAGAUUCCAGCAGCAACCCCUCGUCCACCACGUCGUCCACGCCGUCCUCGCCAGCGCCACCGCUGCCGCCCAGCGCCACCCCGCCGUCCCCGCUGCACCCGUCCCCGCAGUGCCCACGCCAGCAGAAGCAGUUCAACCUGCCAGCCUCCCAUUACUACAAGUACAAGCAGCAGUUCAUUUUCCCAGAUGUGGUGCCUGAGACGCCGACCCGAGCCCCACAGGUCGUCCUGCACCCCGUCACCUCCAACCCCAUCCUGGAAGGAAACCCAUUGCUUCAAAUUGAAGUGGAGCCCACCUCGGAGAACGAGGAAGGCGCCGAGGAGGUGCAGGAGUCGGAGGACGACUUUGAGGAGAUGAACCUGUCGCUGCUCUCGGCCCGCAACUUCCCGCGCAAGGCCAGCCAGACCAGCAUCUUCCUGCAGGAGUGGGACAUCCCCUUCGAGCAGCUGGAGAUCGGCGAGCUCAUCGGCAAGGGCCGCUUCGGGCAGGUGUUCCACGGGCGCUGGCACGGCGAGGUGGCCAUCCGCCUCAUCGACAUCGAGCGCGACAACGAGGACCAGCUCAAGGCCUUCAAGAGGGAGGUCAUGGCCUACCGCCAGACCCGGCACGAGAACGUGGUGCUCUUCAUGGGGGCCUGCAUGAGCCCUCCCCACCUCGCCAUCAUCACCAGCCUGUGUAAAGGACGGACUCUCUACUCCGUGGUGAGGGACGCCAAAAUUGUCCUGGAUGUCAACAAGACGAGGCAGAUAGCACAAGAAAUCGUGAAGGGAAUGGGAUACCUGCAUGCCAAGGGCAUCCUCCACAAGGAUCUCAAAUCCAAGAAUGUCUUCUACGACAAUGGGAAGGUGGUGAUCACCGACUUCGGGCUCUUCAGCAUCUCCGGGGUUCUCCAGGCGGGCAGGAGGGAGAACAAGCUGCGCAUCCAGAACGGCUGGCUGUGCCACCUGGCCCCCGAGAUCAUCCGGCAGCUCUCGCCCGACACCGAGGAGGACAAGCUGCCCUUCUCCAAGCACUCGGACGUCUUUGCACUGGGCACCAUCUGGUACGAGCUGCACGCCCGGGAAUGGCCCUUCAAGACGCAGCCAGCGGAGGCGAUCAUCUGGCAGGUGGGGAGAGGGAUGAAGCCCAACCUCAGCCAGAUCGGGAUGGGCAAGGAGAUCUCGGACAUCCUGCUGUUCUGCUGGGCCUACGAGCAGGAGGAGAGGCCCACCUUCACCAAGCUCAUGGACAUGCUGGAGAAACUGCCAAAGCGCAACCGCCGCCUUUCCCACCCGGGGCACUUCUGGAAGUCGGCUGAGCUGUGACGGGAGGAGUUGUGGGACGGUGCCUUCCUCCCCCAGCGGGUCUCCUCUUCCUCUCCGCUUCGCACCCUGCGCUACGGACGAGCAGCGGGGCCGACAGCGAGCCGGGACCGGGACCGGGAUCGGGAUCUUCUCCCUCGGCGUUUCUGCAUCCCGAGAAUCCUCCGGGAGCCGGAGCAGCCCCGGCUGCGGUGGGAUGGGGACAGCGGGCGGCUCUCCGUGCCCAGCCGGUGGCUCUGGGGACAGAAGGACAGAACCCCGACCCACAGGACAAUGACUUCAGUUUAUCCCCCCAGGGCUCCUCUGAUCCCCAUCCAGCGCUCACGACGAUGCCCGGCUGGGGAGGGCUCGUUCUCGGCUCUCUGCGGGUUUCUUUAAUUCCCUUUAUUUAUUUCUUUGCGGUUUUGUCAUGAAAGAAGGGGGAACGUCGCUGAUUCAUGAGUUUGUGCCCGGAUCCUGCGGGGCCAGGGAGUGCCGCUGCCAUUAGCCGCUCCCCGCGGGGAAAUGCAUCUGUCCCGCUGCCCCCGCAGCCCCUCCGUGGGCAGCGCUGACCUUUCACAAGUGGCUUCUCUCCCUCUUACGUGUCCCCCGCGGGUCUCCCUGCCAGCGGGACACGGCUCCGCGUUCCCGGUAAUUUAUCAGUCUCCUCAUCCCCGUUAAUUUAUCCCGUUAAUUCAUCAGCCGGCCCUGCCCCCUCACUCUCCAUCCCUUCUCCCGCUCCUUCCUUUGCUCCUCGAUCCCCGAAUCCGAGGUUUGGGGCUGCUCUGGUGUCACGGUGUUCA